AGUGCGGGAAAAUACUCAACAACCGUAAUGAAUUCCUCUCCUGUACCUUCUACGCGGUCUGGGUCAGCAGGUGGCAAAUAUCCACCAGCAACUCCCACAAAAAAGUCCGAGUAUAUCUUCCUGAGCUGUUUUCAAAGAUAUAUAUUUUUUUAACGUCUUGUCCCUCGUCGGCCACCGUACCUCUGGACACAAACCUCCGGUAUGACGUCACCACCGGAUUCCAAAGUACAUCACUUUUCCAACUUCGUGCCACAAGGCUGCUUAAAGUCUUUCACUUUCGUUUGGACGAGAAGAAUUGGUGCUAAAAUGGAGGAAGUGAUAUUCUUUUUUCUUCUCUGCUUCCGCCUCGCAUCUCCUGUGACGCACUCCCUGUGGCACGUGUACACGGUGACCACCGGCAUCCCCACGCUGCCCACCACGGUGGCGGUGGUGGUGGUGGACGGGAUCCAAACCGACCACUACGACAGCGUCAGCAACACCGCCGGGCCGUCCCAGGAUUGGAUGGAGCGGAUGACGGACCUGGACCCGGGCUACUGGAAGACCCAGACCGACUUCUGGGAGCGCCAAGACCACUUUGGGAAGAUCAACAUCGACAUUCUGAGGAAGCGCUUCAACCGCACUGAAGGUGUGCACGUGUUCCAGGUGUUGCACGGCUGUGAGUACGAUGAGGACUUGGGUGUGUUCCGGGGUUUCAACCACCACAGCUACGACGGAGAGGACACCUUGUACCUGGACAUGGAGGAGCGGCGCUGGAUCUCCCUGAAGCCUCCCAUGGACGCCACCCAGAGGAAGUGGAACGACAACCAGGGCUGGAUGGAGUUCAUGGAGCACCGCCUGCUGAACGAGUGUCCCCUGCGCCUCAAUCGCACCCUGGAACUCGGCCAAAGUGUCCUGCGCAGAAUCGAGCGUCCCCGGGUGUCUCUGCUCCAGACCAGUCCGUCCUCGUUGGUCAUGUGCCACGCCACGGGCUUUUACCCUGACGUGGCCAACAUGUUCUGGACCCGGGACCAGGUGGAGCUCCACGAGCACGUGGAGCACGGCGAGCUCCUGCCCAACCACGACAACACCUUCCAGCUCAGCGUGAGUUUGAACGUCAGCGCGCUGCCGCCACACGACUGGUCCAGGUACGCCUGCGUUUUCCGACUGUCUGGACUCCAGGAGAACAUCGUGGUCGGCUUGGACGCGUCCAAGAUCUUGACCAACUACGUGGAGCCUCCCGGCAUCCUCGUUCACGUCGCCGGCCCCCUCGCCGCCCUUGUGGUCCUCGCCGUUGCCGCCGCCAUCGGUUUUUUUGUUUGGAAGAAGAGACAAGCUCCAACUUUGUAGCAUGGCACUGAGGAGUAAAGCCAGAAGAUGGCGCCAUGAGGACAGUCUUCGUCUUGGUCAGGUGGACAAAGCAAAACUGAAUAGAAAGAAUGAAGUUAGUCUGGAACAAGAAGAAGGUUUAGUGUGCAAAGAAAGCAUUCAAAAGACAAAAUAAUUAACUUAAACCAUUUAAAAGACAUUCACCUAAAAAGCCAACAUGAGUUGAUUGUACACGUGCCAAAGUAUUAUGUUUGUUGUUCCAAGGAUGAGGAAACUAAGUGUUUGGACGCUAAAUCUUUAAUUGAUAAACAUCUAAACUCUUUAAACAUGUAAAAGUUGUAUUUCCUCUCAUGCUAACAUCACUGUGCUAACUGUAACGAGGCGGGUUGAGACCAUCGCUGCAAACUUGGAGCUUCAGCUGAAGAACAGAACGGCCGACUUUGACUGUUUUUCGCUGGCCUUUGGAUGAGAGCUGCGAUGUACAUGACCCCCGCCCAGCUGCUCAUCUUCUUACGUGGGAUAACUACAGACUUUCUAAUCACGGAGGAGCUGGCAGCCAUGCAGUCAAUUAAAACGGACAACCACAGGUAAUGACUUGUUCACAGAGGUAAAUGCUUGAGGACUGAAAUGGGACAAGCUGGCAGGUGUGACAACAGAUGGUUGUCCAAAUCUGACCGGGAAAAAUGUUGGACUUUUCAAGAGGAUGCAGGAUAAAGUGACAGAAAUUGACAUUUUUGCAUUGUAUUAUACAUCAGGAAGUGUUGUGUAAGACAGUGUUAAAAAUAAAACCAUCCAUCCAUCCAUCUUCUUCCGCUUAUCCG